AUGAAAUCUGAGCAUGAGUCGGUCGCAGCAGUAAGCACCUUGAGUACCCUAACCCCUCAAGGAAAUAGUUUUGAUUGCAGCAUUGGUUUUGGGGGAUUUCUUCUUGUUUCUAAAGAACGUGUGAACAUAAAUGGAGGCGUCCAGGCCCCUCUGACCCCCUCCAGCUUUGCCUGUGCCCUCAGUAGCACCAGUUUGCUUUUACAGGAGGUCCUGCUUAAGAUCCAGGAGCUUUCGAUCUUGGAUGAAUAUUCUAACUGGCUUAGGUUCCACCUUUCUUGCAACAAAGCGGCUUUUGUGAGGUGUACCCCUUCAGUUCUCUACAUUCUUCCAGGAGCAGCAGAAAAUGAUCACAUCCCAGGCCACCAGCAUAGAUCCACUGAGGUCAGUUCCCAGGACUGCAGUAAUCAUGCAUCUGGAACCGCUGUGGGCGCUGUGGAGGCAACGCAGACUCUGGCCUGGCUAAUCUCCCACGUGUACUUGCUCACAAAGUCCACGGCUGCUAAAGCUAGACCCAUCACAGCUGCAGGAACACUUGUUGUCCCUUCAGAUGUUCCUGAGGGAUCACUGUCAUUCAGGGAUGUGACUGUGGGCUUCACCCAGGAGGAGUGGCAACACCUGGACCCUGCUCAGAGGACGCUGUACAGGGACGUGAUGCUGGAGAACUACAGCCACCUCAUCUCAGUAGGGUUUUGCAUCCCUAAACCGGAAGUGAUCUUCAAGUUGGAGCAAGGAGAGGAGCCAUGGAUAUUGGAAGAAGAGUCCCCCGGCCAGAGUGUCCCAGAAUUAAUUAAUAGCAGUAGAAACUAUUCAAGAAAGAAGUUUGAUGAGUUUAACAAAGGUAGAAAAUGGUUCCAUGAUGACAAGCAUGAAGGAAUUCACUCUGAAGAGAAACCUUAUGAAUAUAAUAAAAAUGGGAAUGGCCUCUGUCUUAAUGAAGACUCUGUUCAGCAUCAAAAAAUUCAAAUUUUGGAGCAACCUUUUGAAUACAGUGAAUGUAGGAAAGCUUUCCAUGAGAAUUCACUCUUUGUUAUACAUAAGAAUCCUGACACAGGACAGAACACCUGUGAAUACACUGAAUACAGAAAAACCUUCUGUGAUAUGUCAUCUCUCUUUGCUCAUCAGAGAACACAUCCAAAAGAGAAUCAUUAUGAAUUUAAUGAAUGUGGAGAAAAUUUCUUUGAGGAAUCGAUUCUCUUUGAACAUAAUGUUCACCCUUUGAGCCAGAAGUCAGAUCUCAUUCCAAUUCAGAGAAGCCACUCAAUUAACAAUAUUAUUGGAUAUAAUGAAUGUGGAAACUUUUUCAAUGAAAAAUUAGUCUUUGGCAUACAACAGAGCAUACAAACAGGAGAAAAACCCUAUGAAUGUCAUGAAUGUGGAAAAACCUUCAACAAGAAGUCAGCCCACACAAGACAUUGGAGAACCCACACUGGGGAAAAAUCCUGUGAAUGUCAUGAAUGUGGGAAAACUUUCUGCAAGAAUUCAGACCUCAUUAAACAUCAGAGAAUUCAUACAGGGGAGAAACCUUAUGAAUGUCAAGAAUGUGGGAAAUCCUUCAGUGAAAAGUCAACCCUCACCCAACAUCAUAGAACACACACAGGGGAGAAACCAUAUGAAUGUCAUGAAUGUGGGAAAUCCUUCUCAUUUAAGUCAGUCCUUACUGUACAUCAGAAAACACACACAGGGGAGAAGCCCUAUGAAUGCUAUGAAUGUGGGAAGGCCUUUCUCAGAAAAUCAGACCUCAUUAAACAUCAAAGAACUCACACAGGAGAAAAACCUUACGAAUGUAAUGAAUGUGGGAAAUCCUUCUCUGAGAAGUCAACUCUCACUAAACAUUUGAGAACUCAUACAGGCGAGAAGCCCUAUGAAUGUACUGAAUGUGGAAAAUUUUUCUGCUACUACUCGGGUUUCACAGAACAUCAGAGGAGACAUACAGGAGAGAAACCUUUUGGAUGUAAUGAAUGUGGGAAAAACUUCCGUCAGAAAUCAGCCCUAAUUGUUCAUCAGAGAACUCACGUAAGACAGAAACCCUAUGAAUGUAAUGAAUGCGGAAAGUCAUUCUGUGUGAAGUCAAAACUCACUGCACAUCAUAGAACACACACAGGGGAGAAACCCUAUGAAUGUAAUGUUUGCAGGAAAUCAUUCUAUGUGAAGUCAAAACUUACUGUACAUCAGAGAACACAUUUGGGAAGAAACCCUAUAAAUAUAAUAAAUGAGGGAAAUCACUCUGGGUGA